GUUGACCAGAGUCCGUCCCCUAGUAGAUAUUCUCUCGCUGUUGACACAUAACACCCAAGCGUUUGUCUUAAACAGCGUGGACAAUUUAACGGGAUAAGAAAUGAAGCCUGUCACACUGCUGGUUCUCUCCCUGGCUCUUCUGGUCAGUGUGUCGGCCAGAAGAGGUGGUGGUGGUGGAUUCAAGAGUGGUGGUUUCAGCUGGGGCCGCAAGACCUCCUCCACCGGCUCCCGCACUAGCAGCAGUGGGUCGUCAUCAUCUUCGGCAAGGCGACCAAGCCAGUCACAGCCGGCAAAUUACCCGCGGCAACCGCAGAACCCUCCACAGAACCCUCCGCCGUAUCCUGGAGCUGGAGCACCGCCUCCUUAUCCGGGAGCUGGUGCCCCACCCCCAUAUCCAGGUGCUGGAUCUCCUCCCCGUUACCCAGGAGCUGGUGCUCCGCCUCCAUAUCCUGGAGCUGGAGCCCCACCCCCAUAUCCUGGAGCAGGUGCCCCACCACCUUACCCUGGCAGGCCCUCAUACCCAAACCAGGGAUCCUACCCUGGUGGUGUGUACCCUGGGAGGGCUAACCCAGUCCCUGGCCAGGGUGCCUAUCCAGGAGCUGGCAGUUACCCUGGCAGGGUGAACCCUGGCGGUGCAGCCAAUCCAUAUCCAGCUGGGGGAUCAUAUCCCGGGUAUCCAGUGAGGGGAGGUGGAUAUGCUGGAGGUGGUGGAGGUGGAUCGUACCCUGGUGGAGCUGGAGUCGGCGCAGCUGGAGGCAGCUACCCUCAGGGGAACCCUUACCCCUACUGGAACCCUAACAACAAGAUCAUGAGUCCUGGCUACGGGAGCAAUUACGGUUACGGCUCCCGGGGUUACGGCCAGGGCUACGGCCAGGGCUACGGCCAGGGCGGCUCUCCAUUCGCCCAUUCCGUGCAGAACAUGGGCUACAACCCCUCUGUCCAGUCCAGGGGCUUUGGCCGGCAGGCGGUGAUGGCAGCUGGUGCUGGAGCCGUGGCUGGCAUGGCCCUGGGCUACGGCCUGGGCAGCUUCCCACGUCCCCACUUCCACUUCCAUAACCCCCAGGAGGAGUACUACUACAACCACUACAUGUACCGCCGAUACGGCUCCAGCUACUCCGGCAGGCCCCAGGAGGGUGGUGGAGGUGCCGCCGGCGGUGACUCUGGCCAGGCCGGCGCUGGCGGUGAAGGGCAGGGCGGUCAAGGCGGCAACCCCCCUCCGGUUCUGCUGAGCCCCCCACCGCAAGGCUACGACACGUUUAUGGACAGCUGCAUGAAGAGGAGCGACCUGCUGCGCAGCAAGAGGAGCCUGCGGCAGGGAGGCGGCAUCGGCAGAGAGGAGCUCCAGGCGGACGAGCCAGUGGCCUUGGCACAACAGGCCCCCGAGGAAAGCGCCAGCAGCACCCCGGCGCCUGUCCCCGCUGACUCUGAGCCCAUUGGCAACGUCAGCACCGCAGCAACGGCCCAAUCCCAGAACGCCACAGACGGGACCCCGGUGACCGUCUCCAACACCACUGUCAUCGAGGAGGAGAGCAAACAGGAGCCUGAGAAGGCGGCGGAGGAGGAGGAGGAGAAGGCAGAAGGAGAGGAGGAGGUGGUCAGCAUCAUGCAGAUUGGCUACCCGGCACUGAUCGAGCAGCUGAAGGCCCGCAAGUGCAUCGAGCUCUACAUGGUCUACACAGAGCGUGUGGCGGAGCAGCAGCAGCAGCAGCAGCAGCAGGUCGGAGAACGAAGCAACGACAACGACUACAAAGCCCGCGGUGGCGGGGUGAAGCUGGGGCCCCUUAACCAGGGCGUGAUGCUACUGCUGUCCAGCACCGUCUCACUGCUGCUCAGCCUGUUGCUCUCGCACUGAGACCACUGGCCUCCCGUGAGACAUUUUUGGUUCUUGACAUGCAGGAAAAAAAAAAAAAAUCUGUUAUUGAAUGCACUAAUCAACAUUCAGGAUGAGGAGGCUGUUGAGUUUAACUAAUUCAUUAGAGUGUUGCAAAGCUAUCGAGAUAACGUUUGAAAAAUGUUUGCACUGACAGUAAAUGGACUAAUUAAUUAAUACAUAAUUUGUUAAAAACAUUAUUAAAUAACGUUUAGAGGAAAGAACAACAAUGAUAUUGAAGGGAUAACUGAUUUGAAUUUUUCUUUUUUUUCUUUUUUUUUUGUUUUUAAAUGACACUAUUUUCAUGGAGUCAUUUUGCAGACUGGGAGAGAGGGAGGGAUUAAUGUACCCUUACAGAGAACUUCAACAUAAGUUUCUAAACCAGUGCAUUUGACCAAGGAAGUUAACAAAGUGCUGUAAGCUACACUUUAAUAUGCACUCACUUCUUGGGAAAGAUACAGUCCCUGGAGUAUCAUACUGUAGUCACAUAGGUCAGUAGAUUCUGAAUGAUAAUGCCAUAGAGGAAAUGUAUUUGUCUCCCCAUGUCACUGGCCAGGUGUAAAUAAUCACCAAUAGCCAACACUGCAAUAUGUUGUCGGUCAAAAAGGGAAUCAUGAUCUUGAUAUUUGGAAAAUGUGCAUUCUCAUCAGGACAAAUACUUUUACUUAAAAUUGGUGUCUGUGUUUUUUUUUUCUUUUGCCAGCAUAACUCAAUUCUCUGGUUGGCAGUACCUAGCCUAUCUAAACCCUGCUCCUCUCCUCUUUGAAACAGUUCAUGGGCAGCUGCUGGCCCUUGACAUAGCUGUAUUUGCAAUACAGGGUGAACUAUAAUCUGAAGGAAAUAAUAGGUGAUCUUGUCUAUUAUAACUCUCCCUGUAGAGACUGAAUCUUCACUUGAAAUUGUUUUAAGUUAUGUAUAAAUUAUUCCUAAACUUCUCAACGUCAUCUUGUCCCUUGCAAUAUGAAAACCCUAAAGCUAUUUCUACUGUAAAUGAAUGUAGGACUGCUCUCACAUUUCUAUUAUGAAAGCCAAUUAAGAUAAAGCAUGAUUAAGUCAAACUGUCCCACUUACUAAAUUUAGCAUGUUGAAACUAAAAAUAAUGUAUUGUACCCAAUGUAGAUCAUGGGAUCUAACACAAGCUUGAUUUUUGGUGUGAAUAGUUCAGCUUUAAACAUUUAACAUAUGAAUGAAUGUAAAACAAUGCAGUGUCUAAGUUGGGAUAGCACUUAUCGGGAUGACAUUUCGUCUUAGGUCACUCUGUGAGUGCGGAAACGUCACUGGCAAAAGCGUGCUGGAAACUGUGGCUGUGCGUGGAUGUCUUUGUGACGUGUUCUUUCUUUCCUGCUCGUGUGAUCGACUGCCUACUACUGAAAUAACUAACAGUUUGUUUUGUGAGUUGUUGUUUGUGUCUCUUUAUUUAUCAACAGAUAUUCCCUCGUACCUGCAUUUCAAGUUGUAGCGUGAUCACUGUGGUGUUUGUAUGUACUGUAGGACAACAGGAAGCACACAUUGCUCAUUGUCAUGCCUGGGUUUGUAAUAUCCAUUCACCAGCUGAAGACUUGAGUCGUCUUACUACAUUUCACUCCACUAGCCAUACUUGGUUAGUCUAAGUUAUAUUUUCUUGUGAUAAAAAAAAAAAAUCAGGUUUGGUGUGUUCAAGGUCCUUUGUGGACUGAGGCAAGUCUAACAGUAGCAAGCAGGGCACAGUGCUAUACAGUGAAGAAACCUCAGUCAUCGACACCUGAAGAGAGGUGCUAGUGAAAGACGUUAGUAUCCUUUUGUUUUAGCCCUCCCUGCUAGCCGCACCCUCUCCUGCUGGUGCUGUGGGUUCAAAUCCAGGCCAGCGAGGUAUUGAACGGCAAUAUAACGCAGGUCAGAUAAAGCAGAAAGAAGUCGCUGUAAUGCAUGGAUCAACAUUUCAUGUUUUUUGAAUCAGCCAUAAUGUAAUGUUAUGCAUAAUGCUCUAUGACAGAAAGUAAUGAUAUUUACAUGCACUUUUAUAGGUAUGGUUUCAAAGGGACAGUUAUUUCAAUAACUGUACACAAUGCCAUAUGUUAAGGUGAAUUUAAGGUCUACUCUUUGUACUAGAUUGAACGAAGACUUUAAUGUCUGCUAAGCAAAUUAAUAUAAAAACUUAAGAUGUUAUAGAGUAGGUUGACAUCCUUGUCUAACUUUCUAGCACUCCAACUGAAAUGGUUUCUGAUAUGUCCUAGCCGUUUUCACUGCUACCAUCAGAUCAAAUCGCUAGAUCAUCCAGCUUUAAAAGAGAAAAAAUACAUUUUUGCUGCUGGAUAUGUUCUUUGAUCCUGUGAAAGACCUAACAUGCUCUUGUGUCUGCUGUAGAUUUGCUGGUGUUCAUAUAGUGCUGUGCACAAUGAGAGUUUAUUUUACAAUGGACCUUGUGCACAUCAGGCUCUUCAGGUAGCUCAUUUGUUUCCAGUGGAACAGGUUUUAACCUGUCGCUAUUGUUAAUGCAGGCCUGAUAGAGUUCAGCUGUGGUGCCUGAAUUCAGGCUUGAGCAUGGCCAUGUACGAUGUCAAGAAAGGCUAUUCUCUAUAUUGCCUUUGAAUGUAUUUUAUAAUUUCAGGCACAAAUAAUUUCCUGUCUCAGCCCUGUUAAUGUAAUUGGUGUAUCAGCCCUGUUUGUGUAAUGAGCUACCUGAAUAGCCUUUCGUGCAUAAAUAAGGUUCAUUGGACAUUGUCACUAUGUAGGCCUGUAUGUAAUUCUGGUUUUGGACAUUGUACGUUGUUCCAUUAUAUGCCAGUUGGGAUUACUGUAGCAAACUGCCAACACUGGCGAUAUAUUUUGUUUGAAUGUCUUUUAAAGAUAAACAAUUUUUAUAACCUGUGUUUGGACCAUAACAUCUGAACUUAAUGUUGUUCCCAACAGUGCUGUUGUCUUUCUUUGAUUUUGGUUAUGGUUAUAGGAUUUGGCAGACACUUUUGUCCAAAGCGACACACAGGAUUUUAGCUUGUGAACAUUUAACAGUAAUGCUACUGUAUAUGGGUAGGUUGCCUUUGCCAGUCUAAUUUAAGAUUGUAAUGCAAUGCUUCUGUUUAAAUCAGUGCAUGCAGAUGCAAUGCAGAGCUGCAUCAUUAAACAAAGACCCUAAAAUAUUCAGUUGGCGUAUGGUUAAAUACAUUCUCCGUGAAGGAAAAACAACGAAUUGUAAAAUUGCAAAGUUGUGUCAAUAUUUGUUCUUUAGAGACCUCAUCCUUGUCCACCUAUUUUCUAGAGCUGGCUCUUCUGUGUUUGGAUGGCAUUGUUUCUGCCCAGAGACUGUUCUGUAAAUAAAGUCACUUGGAUUGUUGAACUGCAGAA